AUGAGCCAAUGUCAAGGAACUGCUUUUGGUUGGGGCGGCGGAGUUUUCGGAUUUGGGCUAACGAAGAAUCUUCAAUCAAACAAAACCUCACGUUAAAACCAUCUUCAGAAACCACCUUCUUCCUCCAAAACACCCUCUCAACUUCUCAAAAUCACACCUUUUGAAAUGGGCUCUCGUCAUUUCAGAUGUUUCUUUUGGUUUUCGUUAGUAACAUGCCAUUUCUAUUCCGUUUUCGUCUCCGCCGGGAAUAGAAUCCCCAAGGGUGUCUCAGUUGUAGACGGCGGCGGCACUAUAAUCUCCGCCGGAGAGAGAUUCGAAUUGGGAUUUUUUAGCCCUAACGGCUCCCGAUUCCGCUACGUGGGGAUUUGGCACUACGGAAUCUCAGUUCAACCAGUCGUGUGGGUUGCAAACAGAGACAAACCGUUAUCGGGAAACGACGGCGUUUUAGCCAUGGGAGACGACGGCAAUUUGCAGAUCAAAAGCGGCGACGGCGAGAUUGUUUGGUCGAGCAAUGUCACUUCCUCCUCGCCUAAUUCGACGGCGGUUCUAUUGGAUACCGGAAAUCUCGCGAUUUUCCCAAGCCCGAACUCGAAGAAAAUGCUCUGGCAGAGUUUCUAUAAUCCCACUGAUACUUAUUUGCCGGACAUGGAAGUUCACAUGGAAGCCGCCGGCAAAGAGCUGCAAAUUUUCCAUUCGUGGAAAACCGCAAUUGAUCCUUCACCGGGGAAUUACAGCCUAGGGUUGGACCCUCGCGGAUCUCCGCAGAUUGUGAUUUGGGAAGGGAAGAAUCGACGGUGGAGAAGCGGCCAUUGGAAUGGAAUCUCAUUCAUCGGCGUUACUGAUGUACGGACGAUCUACCUCUCCGGUUUUCGCCUCACGAAUCAGGGGAAUGGGAAGCUGUUCUUCACCUACACCCCUUCCGGAGAUUCCUCAUUUGUGAAAUUUCAGAUUGAUUGGGAGGGGGUUGAGAGGCAGGAGACGUGGAGCAAUGGCGAGUGGCGCGUUGUGCAAGCUCACCCUGUCGACGACUGCGAUAGAUAUAACCGGUGUGGGCCAUUUGGCGUGUGUGAUCGGACGGAUGGGAUGAGGUGCCGUUGUAUGGAGGGGUUCGCGAUCAAUGAUGGCGAGCAGUGGUGUAAAAGGAGGGCUCGUUUGCAGUGUGGGGUGGUUGAGGGCGUUGGGAACGACGGAUUUGGGGAGGUUGAGGGCGUUAAGCUCCCCGACUUUGUGGAUUAUGUCGGGUUAGAAAGCGCGCAAGAGUGCGAAAGGAGGUGUUUGCACAACUGUUCUUGCACUGGAUAUGCUUUUGUUAGUGGAAUCAACUGUAUGAUAUGGACCGGAGAUUUGGUUGAUGUUGAACGGUUCGUGGAGGGCGGGAACACUUUGUUCGUUCGCCUCGCUGCCUCAGAAUUGGGUGAAACGAAGCGUGCUUAUAGAGCAGUCAUUAUCACAGCCGCUGUUGUUGGAUCGUUCCUUUUAUUUAUCGCGGGUUGGCUUUUCCUGCAGAGACGAAGAAAACGUGGCGUGGUUUCAGAAACGAACGAAGUUCCAAAAGUUGGCCCGAGCAGAGAAUGCUCCAUAGAUUACUCUGGUCCAAGUGAUCUUGGAGUGGAGGGACAGCAAGGAAAUGGAACUGAACUGGCACUGUACAGUUUCAACUCGUUGGUAGCAGCUACCGACAACUUCUCUGACGAUAAUAAGCUCGGACAAGGAGGAUUCGGUCAUGUAUACAAGGGUAUACUACCGGACGGGCAGGAGAUAGCAGUGAAGAGGCUUUCGCGAAAAUCUGGCCAGGGGCUACAGGAGUUCAAGAAUGAAGUUAUGCUGAUUGCUAAGCUACAGCACAGGAAUCUUGUUAGACUGUUGGGCUGCUGCAUUCAGGGAGAAGAAAACAUUCUGCUUUACGAGUACAUGCCCAACAAAAGCCUCGAUUCGUAUCUGUUUGAUCCUGAUAAGAAGCCCCAGCUAGACUGGAGUAAACGAUUUAGCAUCAUCACGGGGAUUGCACGAGGGCUUCUGUAUCUGCACCGCGACUCAAGGCUGAGGAUAAUACACAGGGACCUAAAAGUCAGCAACAUCUUGCUGGAUGAAGAUAUGAACCCAAAGAUCUCGGAUUUUGGCAUGGCUAGAAUAUUUGGCGGGAACCAAAACGAAGCGAACACAAACAUUGUCGUUGGAACAUAUGGCUACAUGGCACCUGAGUAUGCUAUGGAGGGCUUGUUUUCCCUAAAGUCGGACGUUUAUAGCUUUGGCGUACUUCUCUUGGAGAUCAUAACCGGCCAAAGAAACGCUAGCUACCGCUCAACGGACUUCUCAAAUAUGGUUGCAUAUGCGUGGGAUCUUUGGGACAAAGGGAGAGCGAUCGAGCUGCUGGAUUCUUCAAUCCGGGCAUCGAGCUUGCAAGAACAAGUGCUGAGAUGCAUUCAUGUCGGGAUGCUGUGCGUGCAAGACGUUGCUGCGAACAGGCCAAACAUGCCGGCUGUUCUGCUGAUGCUGGAGGGCGAGAACGUGGCGCUGCCUUUGCCGAGACAGCCUACUUUUACAUCAAUGAGGUAUAAUCUAGAUGAGGAUAUGUGGAAUGUAAAUCAAGAUGCUGCAUCCUCAAACAAUGUUACCAUCACUGCUAUUCUUGGAAGACAAAUCACCAACGCCAGAAAUGCUCAAACGCUCUCAAAAAUGAGAAACGCGGCGGAGCGCCACCACCACCUCCGGCGCUUCCUCCUCACAUUCACUCUCCUCCCUCUCCUCACCACCUCAACCGAUCUCAUCACCCCCACCAAACCCCUCACACAAGACCACACCUUAGUCUCCGCCGCCCAGCAAUUCGAGCUCGGCUUCUUCCCCGGCGCCUCAAACACCUGGUACGUCGGAAUCUGGUACAAAAACAUCCCCGAAAGAGUCGUCGUCUGGGUCGCCAACCGCGACUCGCCCCUCACGAACUCCUCCGGGAUCCUAAAAAUCUGUCCAGACAGCGCUGGGCUGAUUUUAUCAGAUCAUUCCGGAAUACCAGUAUGGUCAACUAACCAUACUGGUACCACCGGAACAACAACAACAACAAUCGCAAUAUUGUUGGAUAACGGAAACUUCGUCGUCCGCGAAGCAGACGACGAAGACCCAGAGAAUUAUCUCUGGCAAAGCUUUGACUAUCCAACGGAUACGCUAUUGCCAGGGAUGAAACUCGGGUGGGACUCGAAAACAGGACUGAAUCGUUACAUAACGUCGUGGAAAUCCGCGGAUGAUCCGUCGACAGGAGACUUCAGUUUCAAGCUGGACAUCUCCGGUUACCCAGAGAUUCACCUGACGAACAGGGGAAAAAUGUACUACAGAAGCGGGCCGUGGAAUGGGCUGCGAUUCAGUGGGGUCCCAGAAAUGCGGCCCAGCAGCCCGCUUCUGUCGUUCCUGUUCGUCAGGAAUCAAGAAGAAAUAUCAUACUCUUUCACUCAGUUAAACGAAUCAAUGCAUUCGAGAUUACUAGUGAAACACAAUGGUGUUUUGCAGAGAUUCAUCUGGAUUCCGUCUAGCGGAAUCUGGAGUCUUUUCUGGUACGCGCCGAAGGAUCAGUGCGACGACUACAGAGAAUGUGGGGUCUACGGAAUCUGCGACGCGAACGCUUCGCCGGUGUGUAAGUGUAUGGAAGCGUUCCGUCCCAAGAAUCCGCAGGCGUGGAACCUUCGAGAUGGUUCGGAGGGUUGCGUGAGGGAGACGGAAUUGGAGUGCGAUAGCGACGGGUUUUUGGCGAUGAACGGAGUGAAGCUGCCGGAGAGUGGGGGGGCGGUUGUGGACGCGGGGAUGGGGUUGGAUCGGUGCCGGGAGAUGUGCCGGACGAACUGCUCGUGCCGGGGGUAUUCGAGCGCGAAUAUUAGCGACGGGAGUGGAUGUGUGGUUUGGGCGGAGGAUUUGUAUGAUAUGAGGCAGUACGCGGCGGCGGAGGGCGGAGGUCAGGAUUUUUAUUACCGGGUGCCGGCGGCGGAAUUAGUAGCACCAGAAGCUUCACCAGCUGGAGAUGAUUCUAACAAGACUAGACAAACCAUUAUGAUCACUGGGAUUGUUGUUGGAAGCGCUGCAUUGCUCGUUGGAUUCACCAUUUUCCUCGUACGGAAGAAACGGACACCAGACACCGUAAAUAUACUAGAGCCAAGAGGUUCGAGGGAGAGAAGCCAAGACUAUCUCGCGAAUUCACCAACAAUUCCAAGCAAACGAGACCAGUCCAGUGAAGCAGCAGUCGAUGAACUCGAGCUGCCUCUAUUCGACAUCACAACUUUAGUAGUUGCCACCAAUGAAUUUUGUGAUGAGAAUAAGCUAGGUCAAGGUGGUUUUGGCAUUGUUUACAAGGGUGUGCUAGCUGAAGGUCAGGAAAUAGCUGUGAAGCGGCUGUCGAAAACUUCGGUUCAAGGAGUAGAAGAGUUCAAGAAUGAGGUCAAGCUGAUAGCCAGACUUCAGCACAGGAAUCUUGUUCGUCUACUCGGAUGCUGCGUUGAGAUGGAGGAGAAGAUGUUGGUGUAUGAAUACUUGGAGAAUAAGAGCCUUGAUUCUAUUCUCUUCAAGAAAAACAGAAGCUCGAUGCUGGACUGGCAAACGCGCUUCAAGAUCAUAUGUGGGAUCGCGCGAGGCCUCCUCUACCUACACCAAGAUUCGAGAUUCAGAAUCAUCCACCGGGAUCUCAAAGCGAGCAACAUCCUUCUUGACAAAGAUAUGGACCCCAAGAUAUCGGAUUUUGGGAUGGCAAGAAUCUUCGGGGGAGAUCAGACCGAAGCCAACACCAAAAGAGUUGUCGGGACAUACGGCUACAUGUCACCAGAAUACGCAAUGGACGGCCUCUUCUCCAUAAAAUCCGAUGUUUUCAGCUUCGGAGUUCUGGUUUUGGAGAUAGUGAGCGGGACGAAGAACAGAGGAUUCUAUCAAACAAACAACCAGCUCAAUCUUCUUGCCUAUGCAUGGAAGUUGUACAGGGAAGGGAGGGCGCUGGAGGUGGUGGACGCGGCGGCUGGGGAAGAAUAUGCGGCGGGUGAAGCGAUGAGAUGCAUACAAGUGGGGCUGUUAUGCGUGCAGGAGCACGCAGAAGAAAGGCCGAACAUGUCUAACGUUGUACUCAUGUUAAGCAGCGAUUUCGUGUCGAUGCAACAGCCUAAGCAUCCAGGAUACUGCCUGGGAAGGCGCCCUAACGAAACCGACUCAUCCUCGCCUAGAAACGACGACGAAUCAUGCACCGUCAACCAAGUUACCGUUACCAUGCUUGAUGGUCGAUGAUAGUGCAGCUUAACUUGUAAAUGUUUCAGUUCAAGUUUUGAACUAUAGAUGGAUUGAUUUAUUAUUGAAAAAAGAAAGUAACUCUUACAUCAUUGGAGAUUUGUGGAUUGACCUAUAUAACUUCUUGAUCGAAUAUCUCAUUUCGAAAUCGAUUAGUUUGUUCAAUCAAUCAUAAUUGCAGAAACCACUUCUUUUC